CCUCCGAAUCGGGCGCGAUGGGUGAACGCGGAGGCGGCGGCGGGGACGUGAAUUCCAACGUGCUGAUCGCCCGCAGCACCGGCGACGCUCAGCUGGACAAAGCGGUGUGGCAGUGGCUGAGCUGGGACAAGGUGAUGAGGUGUGGGAUGCACGCGCUGCUUGUAGCACUCAGCCCUGCUGUGUGAUGUUUGUGCCCCUCUGGUUGGAACCAGAAGCCCUCUCAGCAACUUGGGAACCAUCUGCUUGGGAAACAGAGACCUCCGUCAGGUCCUCCGCCAAUACCUGCUGGCACAAGGCUUCGUGUGUUGCUGUGGAUCAAGCUCACUCAUUUACAUCGUAGUCUGUUUUUAAUUCUUUCCCUUGAAUAGAACCAAAAAACAAAAGAGCAGAUUGAAAACUUGCUGCAGAAUGGAAAGCAUAAGGAGCUGCGGGAUCGCCUCUGCUGCAGGCUGACCUUUGGGACUGCUGGGCUUCGCUCCGCCAUGGGAGCAGGCUUCUGCUACAUCAACGACCUCACCGUGAUCCAGUCAACACAGGGCAUCUACAAGUAUCUUGAGAGGUGUUUUUCAGACUUUAAGCAGAGAGGCUUUGUUGUUGGAUAUGACACACGAGGUCAGGUGACCAGCAACUGCAGCAGUAAGAAACUUGCAAAGCUCACCGCAGCAGUCCUGCUGGCUAAAGAUGUGCCCGUCUACUUCUUUUCAACGUACGUCCCUACGCCCUUUGUGCCCUACGCUGUUCAGCAGCUCAAAGCUGUUGCUGGUGUAAUGAUCACAGCGUCCCACAACAGGAAGGAGGACAAUGGGUACAAGGUUUAUUGGGAAAAUGGAGCUCAGAUCAAAUCCCCUCACGAUAAGGAAAUUAUAAAAUGCAUAGAAGAAUGUGUUGAACCGUGGAAUGGCUCCUGGAACGAGAACCUCGUAGACACCAGUCCUCUUAGGCAGGAUCCUCUCCAGAAAAUUUGUGACUCUUAUAUGGAGGAUCUGAAAAAGAUCUGUUACCACAGGGAGCUAAACAUGCAAACAAAUUUGAAGUUUGUUCACACCUCCUUUCAUGGAGUUGGACAUGACUACGUGCAAUGGGCUUUUAAAGCAUUUGGCUUUCAACCCCCCAUCCCCGUACCUGAACAGAAAGAUCCAGAUCCAGACUUCUCUACUGUCAAAUGCCCAAAUCCCGAAGAAGGAGAAUCUGUGCUGGAGCUGUCACUGAGGCUCGCAGAGAGGGAGAAUGCUAAAGUAGUGGUGGCCACGGAUCCUGAUGCAGACAGACUGGCAGUGGCAGAGCAGCAGAAUGGCUGCUGGAAGGUGUUCACGGGCAACGAGCUGGCGGCGUUGUUUGGCUGGUGGAUGUUUUCUCGCUGGAAGGAGAACUGCUCCAAAGAUGCUGACGUGAAGAAUGUUUACAUGCUGGCGACCACGGUCUCCUCGAAAAUUCUGAGGGCCAUUGCCCUUCAAGAAGGAUUCAACUUUGAAGAAACACUCCCUGGCUUCAAAUGGAUUGGAAGCAGAGUGAAAGAUCUCCUGGAUAAUGGGAAAGAAGUUCUCUUUGCCUUUGAGGAGUCUAUCGGCUUCAUGUGUGGCACCUCAGUGUUGGAUAAAGAUGGUGUGAGCGCGGCUGUGGUCAUAGCCGAAAUGGCAGCCUACCUGGAAACCAAGAACCUGUCGCUAGCACAGAAACUCACGGAGGUGUAUGAAACGUAUGGAUAUCACAUAUCAAAAACAUCCUAUUUCUUGUGCUAUGAUCCUCCAACCAUCAAAAGGAUUUUUGAGAGGCUUCGGAACUUCGAUGGCCCCCAGUCUUAUCCCAAGUCCUGUGGCAGUUACAAUAUCUUGCACGUACGAGACAUUACCACUGGCUAUGACAGCAGCCAGCCGAAUAAGAAGUCGGUGCUGCCCGUGAGCAAAAGCAGCCAGAUGAUCACUUUCACCUUCCAAAAUGGUUGUGUUGCCACCCUUCGGACGAGUGGGACGGAGCCAAAGAUCAAGUACUACGCAGAGAUGUGCGCGCUGCCCGAGCAGAGUGACAGAGCCGUGCUGGAAGAAGAACGCCAGAAGCUCGUGGAAGCUCUGAUUGAGAAUUUUCUCGAGCCUGAUAAGAACGGACUCAUCUGGCGCUCUGCUUAGCUCUCCUGCAGCUGGUGCUGGAAGGAGCGACCGCGCCGCGUCCAACCGAGGAACCAAGAACAGAACUCUGUUUACUGUGUGCCUGUGUGUGUGUGUGUGUGUGUGUUUAAACAAGCAGCUACGUUUUUAUUCUGUACAGAAGCAGCGUUCUUUUGUCAGAAGCCUGGGCUCGUGGAGAUAAGCAGAGAAGGGGGGAACGUGCUGCCUGGAAUUUCCCCUUCUUUUGACCAAAGGCUCGCUGGCCUGCGCAGCACCAACAAACUGCCACAGCAGGGUUAAAACAGUUGAUCUGUAGCCACUGCCUCUUGUCUUAAACUGCUUCCAGUUCCACCUUUGUUGGAAGCGAUCACCCCGAGCUGACAAAAAGCUCUGCUUCUUUGUAGCUGUUGCGCGUGAGCGUUGGUGGUGGUGUUCCUGCUCUGACUUUCCAAAUACAUUGAAGCGUAGAGUUCAGUGCUUUGUGUACCUGGUUGGGGCACGUUGCUCCCAUCUUUGAUGUUUUUCCAGUGAUUUAGGAUCCUCCUUCUGUUGGUGGAGGUGCUCUCCGUGCGUUGUUUCUUUCCUGUGCGUAUCUUCAGUUACUUGCUGGGGAGCGAAACAACAGUGGCAACACGUGCAAUCUGGUUUGUGGGUCAUGCAGUGCCUUCCUGGAGCUUCCAAAAGGGCAGAGACCCCAUUCACCUCUGGUUAAAUUGCCUAUUCUGACUGCUGUGGGCUUCUUGUCCCACACCUCUUAAGGAGCUGAAGUUAUUUUAUUUUUUUCCUAAAGGGUUUCAGAAAUUGAAUACCUUUGUAUGAAAACACCCGUUGGGGACUUGUUUGGUUUCGAUGGCUUGAAGCCACGCUGUCUAGUGAAGGAAACAAAAAAAGACAGAGGGAAGGAAAGGAAAGGAAAGGUGAGAUGCAGACGCUCUCAAUUAUGAUUAUUCUUUACUAAAUCAUAUUUUGUGUCACAUCUGAUCGACUCACUUCUGCUAGAGCAGCGGUUUGCCAAUACUGUUGCUCUUUUCAGGCCGAUUUUUAGCAACUUCUCGUUAUCAGUUUCCUAUCUUGGCUCGAGCAGAAGGUGAUGGUGCUGAUCACUUCUUUUCUGACAGAUGCCGAUCCAGAAACGUGUAGAUUUCCCCCAGUUCUGAAGUGGGAAAGCUCUGGAAGACGCUUUAACCAAAGCGACCCGUCCAGGAAGAACUGGGUGUUGAUGAUUGAGGAUGAUAUUUGUCAACGUAAGCCUUGAAAAGGAACUGAGCCAUCUUCUGACGUAACUAAACAAGAGAAAAACCCGAGCGCUCAGGUCCUGGAUUGAAGGUUAUGUGAGAGGAACCCAAGAGGCACUGAGGUUGAAGGCGUUGUUUUGCCACUGUUGUUUGCUCUCCAUCCCAUCGUGCCCGUCCCUGUGGCUUUGUGUUGCAUCCAGAUGGCUCCGAGGAGCACCAGGUGUCUGCAUCUGUGCAGUGUGAGGUGUUCGUGCUGACAGCAGCUUUGCACUAUGACCGUGGGUGAGGGUGUGGAUGCGCAUGUGUGGCAGAAGCUCUGCGUUGCACAAAUCCUUGCUAACCACCCGUAUUUAUUUAUUUCUUCUCUUAAGGGAAAGCCUUUCCCGAUGGUUCCGCAACCGAGUGAAGUGUUUCUAAUGCCAAAAAAGUUGGUUUGGUUUCGGUUUUUCUCCCCCCUCCUUCUUGAUUGUACACGUGACUGAUGCGAUGAGAACGGGGCAGACCCUCGGGGUGUACUCAUUGCUCUGGGCAGCUCUGGGGAGGUGUCAGCCCUGUGAUGCUGUGUCCUCACAGCAAGGCUCAGCUCCGGGUCCUGCCCUGACCCGAGGGAGCUCUGCCCUCGGGCAUCACUCUCCUGUUUUGAUGGAAUCACCUCGUGGCGUGAAUGCCCGUCGUGAACAUACAGCACCAGGAGCGGGCUGCCCGCGAUUCUCCUCGUCCGUGGGUGAGCAUCAAGCUGUAGAUGCAGAAGUGCUUGUGGAACGACAGCGACAGGCACAACGUACUGAAUGUAUUUCGAGGGCAUCAUGACUAUUGCUGUUUGUAAACUGCUGCUACCGUUGUUUUCCUGUACCGCGUCGAACUGUUGGAUGUAUUUAUACCGUUCCGCUGGAGGAACUCCUUCUCUCCUCCCUGUCCCCUCAUUGCUCCGACUGUGAAGGACUGGAACUCUCCUGUUGUGUCAGAGCUUGCUGGACUUGUGCACAAUCUCCUUCCAGCUGCUGGCUGUUCUUUGCUGCCUUCCCAGGCAAGAACAAAGGCUGUUCAGACCCGAGCAGGAAGCGCUGAUCGAACAAACGCAUUCUGAUGCUUGAUGACGAGGCUUCCAGUUCCAGUGCACCUUUCGUAAAGCUCAUCAGCUUGACCUGCCAGCCAGCUGCCCGUGGUUUGUGUUGGUAGCAUUUAGGAGGGCUCAUUUUUUUUUGUCUUCCCUCUUUUUGCCGCGGCAGGCUCAAGCCCCGUCUCCCUGGGAUACGUGGCAAAACUGUAUUGCCAGGGUCUCAGGGAGGGGAUCUGUGUCAGAACAGGAGGCUUGCCAGGCGGAGUUAGGUGUCUGCGUGAUAGAGCUUGCAGCCAGCUGUUUGAUUCUAGUGGGUGAUGCAGUGUCCAGUCGGUGAUUUACAUAGCUUCAGGUGGUAGUCGUGUCUCCCUGCAACUCUAGAGGACGCUUCCUAGCGUGGCGUUGGGUGAAGCGAAGGAAGGAACGUGGCUGACAUGGUCGGACUGCCGAGCCCAAGCGCAGCUCUCAGUGCAGCCUGGAGCUGCACAGCCCCGCUGUGUCUGUGGGCCCGUCUGCUUCCCCUGCCCUCCCUGCAGCACGGGCUCCAGCAGCAGGGAACGGUGCGGGAGCUGCGGUCUUGCCUGCGUAGGUCUCCUAACGCCUCUCCGUGCCUCGAGAGGGAAACCCCUUGCUUGCACCGUUCGCAGAGAAAGAAUUACAGUUCAGUAUUUUUCAGCUUCAGACACUGAGGUGACUUGCAGCCCUCGGGAUUCGUGCCCCUCUUUGGCUCCCGAAGGUUUCGGUUUGGUUUAGGAAAGGGACUCUUUGCAUGGUGAGCCCUGGGUUCAAGCCCGUCUCAAGGGCAGCUUCCUGCACGCGGUGCAUCUCGCUCCUUCCCCACCUUUGCCUGCUCAGCAGUGGCUUUGAAUGCGGGGAGGGAAGCAACCAGAGCUGCACCGCUCUUACCCGGAGUCCCAGGGAGUUCUGGAUCUGUACUCUCAUUCCUGCUCCGUACAAUUAGGGCGUACGACCGAGUGAGAAUUUGCACUUUUCUGAAGUACUUCUGUGUGUAUCGCUACGUGGAUUUAAAGUGAAGUGUUAACAAACAAUAAAACUAUUCUCUCCGUAGUCGCAA